UUGUAGGACCAACUCUCUCUCUCUCUCUCUCUCUCUCUCUCUCUCUCUCUCUCUCUCUCUCUCUCUCUCUCUCUCUUCCUCGGGACGUUCGGACUGUGCCACAGCUAUGGGUUCCGAGCCUGUGGACGUGGGCAGGAUGGCAACGGACUCUGAGGGUCGGGAACUGAAGCCGAGGCCGGAGAAGAUGCCGGAGCUUUCUCGCAUUGCGAGCAUGACUGUGCGAGUCAAGGACUCGAUCCGAGAACACCGUAAUCAAAUCAUAUUUAUGCUCUCUCGACUGGUAGAGAAAGGCAAGCAUACUCUGCAGCCGCAUGACCUGCAGCAGCAGCUGGAGCGCGUCGGCGCUAUCGAGUGUUUUUCAGGAACUCCGAUCGACGACAGCGCGUUCGGAACGCUUCUGCAAUCGGCUCAAGAAGCGGUCGUCAUCCCGCCAUGGAUCGCGAUGGCGGCCCGACCACGUGUGGCUGAAUGGCUCUAUGUACGAAUCAACGUGUUUGAGCUGACGGUAGAAGAGCUGAGUGUGUCGGAGUACCUGAGCUUCAAAGAGCAGUUAAAACUUGCCAAUCCUGUGGACGAAUUUUCGCUCUUGGAGUUCGAUAUGUCGCCGUUCAACGCGCACUUCCCGCGCAUGACUCGUCCGACUUCCGUCGGCAACGGCGUCGAGUUCCUAAACAAGCACCUUUCGACGAAGCUGUUCAAGAAUGCGAAAGCUUUGCAGCCACUCGUAGACUUCCUGCGCAAUCACAAGUACCACGGCGAAACCUUGAUGCUGAACGACAAACUGGAAGACUUGCCUGCCCUUCGCGACGGACUGAAGAAGGCAACAGAGUACUUGUCUGCUGUCGGAGCGGCAGAUGCCCCAGUCUCUGCCGAGGUCCAGCAACAGCUUCGCGCUUUAGGAUUCGAGAACGGAUGGGGAAACUGCGCCGGCGCUAUCAAGGACAUGAUGGAACUGCUGGAGGACCUGAUGCAAGCGCCAUCGCCAGUUCUGCUCGAGAGGUUCCUCGCUCGCGUGCCCACCAUCUUCAACAUCGCCAUCAUUUCUCCGCACGGGUACUUCGGCCAGUCCAACGUCCUCGGGCUUCCGGACACAGGCGGGCAGGUGGUCUACAUCUUGGACCAGGUCCGAGCGCUGGAACGGGAGAUGCUGAAUCACGUUCAGAACCAGGGGUUGCGGUUCAAACCGCAGGUCGUGGUUCUGACCCGCCUGGUCCCAGACGCCCACGGAACCAGCUGUGAUCAGAGGUUGGAGAGGAUUGAAGGCACGCAGUACGCGAAGAUCCUCCGUGUGCCCUUCAGAGACCUGACGAAGGGUGGCGACGCAGUCUUGAGGACAUGGGUGUCGCGCUUCGAUAUCUGGCCCUACUUGGAACAGUUUGCCGACGAUGCUGCCAAGGAACUCGUCCGGGAGAUGGGCGGAAACCCAGACCUUAUCAUCGGCAAUUACAGUGACGGCAAUCUUGUGGCCACGCUGUUGUCCCACAGAAUGCGAGUCACGCAGUGCACGAUCGCGCACGCGCUGGAGAAGACCAAGUACCCGGCCUCCGAUGUCAACUGGAAGGAGCAGGAGGACAAGUAUCACUUCUCUUGCCAAUUCACUGCCGAUUUGAUCGCCAUGAACCACUCGGAUUUCAUCGUAACUAGCACCUAUCAAGAGAUUGCCGGCGGAAGAGACACCGUUGGACAGUACGAAUCUCAUCAGGCCUUCACGAUGCCGGGGCUCUACAGAGUCGUGAAUGGGAUCAACGUCUUCGAUCCCAAGUUCAAUAUCGUAGCGCCUGGAGCGGAUGCCGAGGUGUACUUCCCGUACACUGCCAAGGAGAGGCGUCGUACGGAGUUCCAUUCGGCCAUCGAAGAUCUGUUGUUCGGUAGCAUGGAGGAGCCUGCGCUGUGCAAAUGCGUGAUUAAAAAUAGACACAAGCCUAUCUUGUUCUCGAUGGCGCGGUUGGAUCGUGUCAAGAAUCUCACGGGCCUCGUCGAGAUGUUUGGAAAGAACAAGAAACUCCGUCGCCUUGUUAAUCUCGUGGUAAUUGGCGGGUACAUCGAUCCGACGCUGUCGAAGGAUCGCGAGGAGAUGGAGCAGAUCAAUCUGAUGCAAGAACUCAUCGACAAGUACCAAUUGAACGGCGAUAUGCGGUGGAUUGUCGCGCAGAAGAACAGGGUGAGGAAUGGGGAGCUGUAUAGAUAUGUGGCUGAUCAACGCGGAGCGUUUGUGCAGCCGGCUUUCUACGAAGCCUUCGGAUUGACGGUCGUCGAGGCCAUGACGUGUGGGCUUCCAACGUUUGCCACGUGUCAUGGUGGACCGGCGGAGAUCAUCGAGGACGGGAAGUCUGGCUUCCAUAUCGAUCCGUACAAUCCCGAUGAGACGGCGAUCGCCAUAGCCGAGUUCUUUGAGAGAGCGGCCGCCGAACCUGCCACGUGGGAUGCCGUAUCCAAUGGUGGCCUGGAGCGGAUAAGAAGCAAGUACACGUGGGAAAUCUACGCGCACAGAUUGAUGACCUUGUCCAGAGUGUACGGUUUCUGGAAGUUUGUCAGCAAUCUCGACCGCAGAGAGGCCAGACGGUAUCUAGAGAUGUUCUAUAUUCUCAAGUACCGACCCCUCGUGAAGAAUGUGCCGUUGACUGUUGACGGGCCCGAUCGGCCCAUGGCGGGAAGAAGGUGAAAAGGCGCGGGAAAGAGAAGGUGAAAAUGCGGGAAACCUGCGGAAAAGAAGUGUGAGGAGCAGAGAAAGGUGGCCUGGAGGACGAGGCUCGUCGGGGAAAAGGCGCAACCCGCGCGGGAAUGGGACUUGCUGGAAGAAGACGAGAAGGAUGGUAUGGAGAAGGAGACUGGAGUGAGCACCAUGUGCACGACAUGCGGCGAUGGCGAUCGGGAACGAGACGGUGAGGAGCGAGAGAGGAGCAUUGCGCUAGACUUCGAGGCUGACCAAGUGACUUUUGAAAAUAAGACAAGAAGAAUGGUCGUGAAUGAGUGAUCGAUUCUUCGGCGUAGAAGCCUCUACGCUUGCUUGAGACA